AGGAGGAGACUCUAUGAAGCUGUGAGACUCCUUCUGUUAUUCACUCUGUAACAUUAAAAUGGGCUCAGAGGAGAAAGAGUGUGAGCAGCCUGUGAAGGAGGAGCAGCGAUCCCCAGAGAAGGAGCAGGAGCCUCCUGCUGAGCCUCCUCAGGGACAAACGGAGCCCGCCGACCCCCUCAACACCUACAAGUGGCACACGGGCUCCAAAGGGACGCUGGAGGAGGUGAAGGAGGAGGCAGGAGGAGGAGGAGCGGCUUCCUCCUCCUCCACCAUGGACCGGAUCCAGAAGGCCUCCACCAACAAAUGGAGCAAGAUGCAGAACUGGCGUAAGGCCCUGAGCGAGGACCCCGGGGACAAGAGCUCCUCCGGGGCCAAAGGAGGGGACGCAGCCAAGCCGGAGAAAGAUAAAGGGCCCAGGAAGAACCCGUUCAGAAGGGCCCUGUCGGAGCCUCCGGGGUCCCUGUUUUCAGCCCUGAACCCUUCAUCCAGCUCCUCCAGCCCGGCUCACGCUGCUGCAUCGUCAUCAUCAUCAUCAGCUGCAGCAGAGACUCCAGGGGCCUCCACGGACCCCUCACAGAAACCAGGCGGAGGGGCCCUCCUCAAGAAGUACCUGAGGACCGUCUCCCAGAAACUGAAGAGGCCCCGACUGCAGAGCCGGAACAGCACGCCGACAUUACUGCAAGAUGUGGGGGAGGCGUCCCACCAGGAGCUGCCCCGGUUGCCGUGGGUUCCUCCUCAGGAGGUUCCUCUGUGGGACAUCAGUAACUGUCUGCUGGAGGAAGGACAGAUCCUCAUUUCUCCAGAGGAAGAGCCAACGUUUUGGACCAGAAACAGAGUCAGCAGCUACCUGUCCAACCUGAGCAUGCAGAACCUGGUGGACAUAGACUCAGAGUGCAGCCCCGACCACACGGGCCUCGCAGGCGGCCCCCGCCCAAAGAACCAAGAUGGCGGCGUGAGGGCUCUGAUCAAGAGGCGUCUGGAGAACCGAGCCAAGAGGAACAGCAACACCCAGCUCAACCCGCUGGGACUAAACAAAGGAAGCAGGCACUAUGGUUCCAAAGAGUCCGUGUCCAUCCCAGUCAGCGCGGUGGGAAGUCUGGACCUGAGCGCCGACACCAGCACCGUCAUCAGGCCCGUCCACAGCUCCAUCCUGGGGGAGAAGUACUGCUUCGAGGUGAUAAACUCUGAGAACACCCACUGCUUCGGCUGCUCCUCAGCUGCUGAACGAGAUCGUUGGAUUGAAGACUUGAGACGAGCUGCUCAGCCCAACAAGGACAACAUCGAGCGGACGGAGAACUCUCUGAGUCUUUGGGUGAAUGAAGCGAAGGAUCUUCCAGCCAAGAGGAGUUAUUACUGUGAGCUCCACCUGGACGGGACCCUCUUUGCCCGGACCAGCAGCCGGGCCGUGGGUAAAGCCCCGAACCGCUCCAGCCUGGCGGGGGACGGCUCCACGGGGGCCUCCGGGGGCCCGGGGGCCGGCGGGGGGGCGGCUGGAGGCUGCCAGUUGUUCUGGGGGGAGUUCUUCGAGCUGGAUAACCUGCCGUCUGUCUCCCAGAUCACCCUGCACCUCUUCAGAGAAGAAGAGCCCAAGAAGAAGCGCCACUCCCGGGAGGAGAGCAGCCUCCACCCGCUGGGCAGCGUGGCCAUCCCAUUGGCCGAGAUCAGGGGGCGGAGCUACCAGGAGAAGUGGUACCCCAUCACUCCUUAUAAGGCCUCAGGAGCAGCAGGGGCCAAGGAGCUGCUGGGGCCCCAAGCAUCACUCCGCAUCAAGGCCCGCUUCCAGAACCUGCAGGUUCUCCCCAUGGAGAAGUACAAAGAGUUCGCUGAGUACGUCACUCUGGAUUAUGUGGAGAUGUGCAGAAACCUGGAGCCACUCCUGAACGUGAAGGAGAAGGAGGAGCUGGCAGGAGCUCUGGUCCACGUGCUGCAGAGCAUCGGCAAAGCCAAGGAGUUCCUCAUUGAUCUGGGCGGAGCAGAGGUGGAGCGUCUCGGAGAGAAGGAAGCUCUGAUCUUCAGAGAGAACACGCUAGCUACUAAAGCUAUCGACGAAUACAUGAAGCUGGUGGGACAGAAGUACCUCAUCGUGACACUAGGAGAUUUCAUCAGCCGUUUGUACGGCUCAGUGGAGAACUGUGAGGUCGACCCUCGGAAAUGUCCGGCAGCUGAACUCCCAAACAACCAGAAACACCUGAUGGGAGCCUGCGAGGAGGUGGUGCAGAAGAUCGUCCAGAGCCACGGACCGUUUCCUGAGGAGCUGAACAGGAUCUUCUCCAGCUGGGUGGAGCUGUGUGAGGACCAGGGCCGAGCAGAGAUCGGCCAGCGUCUCAUCUCUGCGUCCCUCUUCCUUCGGUUCUUGUGUCCUGCUAUUCUCAGUCCUUCUCUGUUCGGUCUGACUCAGCCGUACCCAGAACCCCCCACUCUGAGGACCCUCACCCUCACUGCUAAAGUCAUCCAGAACCUGGCCAACUUCACCCUGUUUGGAGAGAAGGAGGAGUACAUGCUCUUCAUGAACGAGUUCCUGCAGCAGCACUGGGACGGGAUGAGAGGGUUCCUCCAGACGGUUUCUAAUCCAGACACAGAGAUCCCCAUGUCUUCCUUCGACGGCUACGUGGAUCUGCCUCUCCGCCUGGCCGUGCUGCAUGGACUCCUGGUGGACAUCAUCUACCACAAGGACCCGGAAACCGUUGCCAAGUUGCACCCGCUGCCGUCCAUCCUGAACCAGAUCACAGAGUCUCUGGGUCCUGAAGCUCACCGCAUCAAUAUCAACGGCCUAACGGGCCAAACCAAGCCGGUGUACGUUCCUCCCACUGAGCUGGGGAAGUACAGUCCGUACCAGUCGUCUCUGCAGCAGCUUCCUGUCGACAACAAGAGCCUCCGAGACGGGGAGGGCCGGCCCCGGAGGAGCAUGAGGAGGGAGGGGAGGCCGGUCACCAGGACUCAGAGCGCUCCUCAUAAACGACCUCAGCACCGAAACCUGAAGAGACAAACCAGCUCUGAAGCUCUGCAGACGGCUGAGGACCAACCAGAGCUGGACCCCAGCCAGCCCUCCAUCUCCUCCCCCCACACUGACGCCAGCAUCAAACGUCCUCCUGCUCCGGUUCCUUGGAUCAAAGAUCAGAACAGAGAAUCCAACGAGAUGAAGACUGAACACGAACAAUUCAACCUGCUGGAUCGGCAUGCCCAGGAGCUGUGUGAGCUCCGUCUGGGCAUCGAGCAGGUGACGGAGCGGGAGCUGGACAUGGCCAAACGUCUGGAGGACUUCAUCAUCCAGAGCCAGGACCACAACGCUCUGCUGCAGGAGGAGCUCUCCACGCUACGCUCACAGCUGGAGCAGCAGGAGGAGCUGCUCGCCACCGCCACCUUCAGGUUGGGUGUGAUCGAGGAGGAGAGGGAGGAAGAUGAGAGGAAGCUCAGCGUUGCCAUGGCAGCAGCAGAACGAAUGAACGUUCUGGAGGAGCAGUUUGCUGACCUGGUGAAGGAUCUUCAGAGCCACAACACCCCCAACAACCUGCAGCACCCGGAGAAACCACACGUCAACAGCACCUGAACGCACCACCUGGAAAAACACACAUCAACAGCACCUGAAGGCACCACGCAGAGAUAACAAUGUUGUUAGUUGUUGCUAGUUGUUGUUUGUUGUUGUUUGUUGAGUUGAUGUUGGUUCAGCUGAAGUCACUGAUGGUUCCUUUAUUAAGUGUUAAUGAUUAAAAAUAAUAAAUUAAAACGGAUGUGAUUUGUUUGUAUUUAGCGACAGACGUGUUUGAUAUGUAAACAUUUCUGAUAAAUAAAACAACAGUAAAUGUUUCUCUCUACAUUCUGCAGUGACUCAUCGUCAUUAUUAGUGUUUUGACUUGUACUUGUUUUGCAGCAUAUUUUAAUUGAGAAUUAUCAUAAGUUAAUUUAUACUUUUACUUUAUUGCAAUACUGCGAUUUGUGCUUCACCAAAUGUGUUUGACAAUAAAAUUACUUAGC